AUGACAUCGCUGGCCAUUUACGCUCUCAGGAAUGAGAGGCUCAGAGACAUUGCCCGAGACGCAGCCGUUUGGAAUUUAGCCAGCCAGUACGCUUUCAUGGUUGGCCCCCAGAGACUCAGGCGAACCGGCACUUUGUCAAGCGAAACAUAA